UUUAGCCGCUUCUAUUGAAGUGGUCGUUGCACCAAGGCCACGUUUAGUGCAGCAAUGAUCAAUCAGAAGAAACCUCCCAAAGAAGGCACAAAGAGUGAAAAGUUUAUUCAUGAAGAAAACACACGAACUCUCAGGUUUUAUCGAUACUUGUUUCUGGCUUCAUAUGCUGUCUAUUUCCUGGUCACAUUAACCUUCUUCUGGUCAACAUAUACAAAGCGUUAUAUAGCGCUGUCUUUAGCCUGCUUCAGUAUAUGUUCAGCUGCUUAUAAAUUUAUGUCUUAUAUGGCUACACCAACGUAUGCUAUCAAUGAUCGUGGUACUCGUCAAUUGGUAGAUGCUGGAUUAGAUUUAAAUAUAGGAUCCGGUGGACUUGGAGAACAUGCAAAGGAUACUAUAAUCAUGUGCAGUCUGGUUACACUAUUAAGUCUAAUUCAUCAGUAUUUCUGGUUCUUAUUAUUAGUUAUUCCUGGUCGUUUAUUCUAUGUACUCUGGGUGAAUAUACUUGCACCAUGGAUAUUUGAUCCAAAUCAAGAACCUCAAGUCAAUGAAAAGAAACAAAAGAAAAUGGAACGUAAAAUGAAACGUGUUGGUCAUCUAAUGCAUGGCUCAGAUCGACCUGUUGGAAGAGCUAAUUAAAUCAGAUAUUAACUUCUUCAUAUGCAUGAAUGUUGUGUAAUUUGAGAGACAGACAGACAGACAGACAGACAAAUAGACAGAAUUCAAUCUAGUAACGGUGUAUCUUCAUCACUGACGUAUAAUCUCUCCUUUCCUUGUAACGUGUAUAAUACUACCUUGUGUAAUUAAUGCUUAAUUACUGUGUGUAUAUGUACAGUUUCUCAAAAAACCAUCCCCCUCUAUUUAUUUUUAUUAUUAUUAUUAUUAUUAUUA